GGUUAGGUGACGUGACAUCUCUUUCAAAUCCGAUUUUCAAUUUUUUCCAAAAAAAUCGGGGUAUUAUUCUACAAUCUACAGAGAAGAAAAAUAUCACACACGAACACAAAAAUGGCUGAUAUCGCAAAAUUGUCGAGAUACUCAUCACCAGUAAAUCCAGCAGUCUUUCCCCAUCUAACUCUGGUCCUGCUAGGAAUUGGAAUAUUCUUCACUGCCUGGUUUUUCGUCUACGAGGUCACUAGCACCAAACAAACCAGAAGCCUUAAAAAGGAAAUAGCUACUGCCUUGGUUGCCUCAAUUUUUUCAGGAUUCGGCAUUGUCUUCUUACUACUUACCGUUGGUAUAUAUGUGUGAUUGCUAUGUCUGAAUGGUUUUAAUUUAAAGUUAUUUUGUACCUAGAACAUGUAAGGAAAAGUGUAUUAAGUUAAGACUGUGAAAAUGCAUUUCUGAAAAUAAAAUACUUGUUGUAAAUCAAUAGUUUAGGACAGGUAUUGAUUACCUACUCAUAAUCUAAGACCUUACUACUCGCCUUACUCCUACUCACCUUCAAUAAUUAAAAUUUAAUCCCAUUUUGCUUAUAGUUACUAUGGUAACGAGCAUUACAACAACCAAAAAAAUCAAUACCAGGUUAUUCGGUUAUUCUCAUAUUAUUAUUCUGAUAUUAUAAAAUGCAGCUAAAAUAUUUGCAAACUAUCCUUGAAGCUCAAGAUCAAGAUUUCAAAAUAGUCUCCCUAUGUUGGUCCCCCAACAAUCAAAAACUAGCCGUUGCAACAUGCGACAGACAAAUUCUUUUAUUCGACGAGGAAGGCAACAAGCGAGAUAAAUUUUCUACAAAACCCUAUGAUCCUGAAGCGGGAAAAAAGUCCUAUAUCAUCAGUGGUAUAGGCUUUAGCUCCGAUUCCACGAAAAUUGCAGUAGCUCAAAGUGAUUGUAUUGUUUAUGUUUAUAAGAUUGGCGAAAAAUGGGGAGAGAAAAAGGCAAUAUGUAACAAGUUCCCUCAACCAUCCCCUGUUACAUGUGUUUUAUGGCUACUAUGUGGUCCCAUAAUCUGCGGCCUACAAGAUGGCAAAGUUCGAGCUCUUCAAAUUAAAUCCAAUAAAUCUCAAAGUCUUUUUGCCUCAGAUAGUCUUGUAGUGUCGCUAGCCCCAAAUUCCAAAGGCACUGGAUUUCUUUCUGGUCACAUAGAUGGCAAUGUCAUAAGAUUUUUUGUAGCAAGUGAUCCUGACAGCGAUGGGGAAGCUCAAGGAAGGGCAGCAUUACAUUCAGUGCCUCCCUUCGCUUUAGCUUGGCCCCAAGGACAUAUUUUUGCUGCUGGUUGUGAUAAAAGAGUCUGUGUUUAUAAUAACGCAGGAAAAACUGUUAAAACUUUUGAUUAUAGUAAAAAUAACGAGGAGCAUGAUUUUGUGGUGGCUAUAAGUAGCCCUAGUGGACAUGCUGUCACAUUGGGCAGUUUCGAUCGUUUAAGGACAUAUAUUUGGAAUACCCAAAAAAAUAUUUGGGAUGAGACACCUGCGAAAAUUAUCAAAAACUUUUAUACUGUAACUGCUUUAGCUUGGAAACGUGACGGGUCAAAGGUUGCUUGUGGGGGAUUUUGCGGGGCAGUAAUGAUGUUUGAAUCAGUUUUGAAAAGACGGGUGUGGAAGGAUAAAUUUGAAAUCACAUAUGUUGGUCCCAGUCAAGUUUUGGUAAAACCUCUGGAUACCAAUGAGAGAGGUGUAAUUUUGCGCUCACAGCAUGGAGGUGAAAUAGACGAUGUGAAAAUAAUGGGCAAAGAUUCAUAUUUGGUGGCUAAAACUCGAGAAACCCUUUUGGUUGCUGAUUUGAAACGAAACUUACUUAGUGAGGUUCCUUGGAACAAUCCAGAACAAAACGAAAAAUUCUACUUUGAAAACUCCAAUGUCUGUCUAGUUUUCAAUGCAGGGGAACUCACUCUUAUUGAAUAUGGAAAUAAUUCGCUAUUGUGUUCGGUUAGGACAGAGUUUGCCAAUCCUCACUUGAUGAGUGUCCGUCUGAACGAAAGAAAUCAGCAAAUUGACAACAAAAAAUUAGCCUAUUUGCUGGAUCUAAAAACUAUUUUAAUUAUGGAUUUAGUUGUUGGUAUUGCUUUGUGCCAAAUUGGACACGAUUCGAAAAUUGAUUGGUUGGAACUCAAUGAAACUGGAGAAAAAUUGCUUUUCAGAGACAAAAAACAAAGGUUGCUUCUUGUUGAUGUCGCCUCCCAAUCCAAACAAACCAUCUACACUGAUGUAACUUUUGUUCAGUGGGUAGAAAGUAGUGAUGUGGCAGUAGCUCAAUCUGGAAAUGCUUUAGCCAUUUGGUAUAACAUUGAGCUACCCGAAAAUCCCACUAUUAUGACAGUUAGAGGCGAAGUUAUUGAUGUUAUAAGAACAAAUGGAAAGACUGAUGCGAUUUGUGUUGAUGGAAAUCAAACGUUUAAUGUGGAGUUAGAUGAAGGACUUGUGGAGUUUGGUACUGCGAUUAAUGAUAACGACUAUAGCAGAGCAGUUUUGUUCCUGGAAAGUAUGGGAAAAUCUUCUGAGUCAGAUGCAAUGUGGCACACAUUGUUAGCUAUUGCUAUGAAACAACAAAAUCUCAUGUUAGCAGAGAGAUGUUUUUCAGCAAUUGGAGACAUAUCUUCAAGUCGUUAUCUUCAAGAAACUCUGAAAUUGGGACAAGAAUUUAUGGAAAAACACAAUGAAAAUCCCAGUAAUUCGCCACAAAUAUGGGCAAGACUUUCAAUACUUUAUGGAGAUUUAACUACUGCUGAGAAUAUUUAUUUGGAACAAGGCGACAUUGAGAGUGCUAUCGAAAUGUAUAAAAAGUUACAUAAAUGGACUGAAGUGCUAAGAUUAGCUGAGCAAAGAGGCUAUACUCAUCUACAAGACCUCAAGACAGAGUACAUGUCAAUGCUGGUCUCAACAGGCCAAUACGACAAAGUGGGUCAAGUUAUGGAAAAAGAAGGAAAGAGCGAGGAAGCUAUAAAUAUGUACCUUAAAUCAAAUAAACUUUUAAGAAUCCCUCAUUUAUUGGCCGAAAAUCCAACAUUACUAAAUGAUCAGGCUAUUGUAGGAAACGUCCUAAAGAAUUUAUUAAGGCAGGAGCUUUAUGAAGCUGCAGCUGACAUUUAUGAGAAGCUGGAUAAAAAUGAUCUUGCAAUGGAGUGUUAUAGGAAAGGGAAACUAUGGAACAAAGCUGUAGAAUUGGCUAGAUUGUUCAGCCCAGACCAAGUUGUUCAGUUGGAAGAAGAAUGGGGAGAUAAUUUAGUUGAAAAUAAACAAAUGGACGCUGCAAUAAAUCAUUACAUAGAAGCAGGCUGUACUAUGAAAGCUCUAGAUGCAGCUGUAGCAGCUAGACAAUGGAAAAAAGCGGUUCACAUAAUUAAAGUAAUUGACGACGCUGAUACAGUGAAAAAAUAUUAUGUCAUAAUUGCUGGACAUUUUGCUGGAAUCAAGGAUUAUUUUACGGCAGAAAAACUGUAUGCAGCCUCGGGAAUGUAUAAAGAGGCUGUCGAUAUGUAUAAUGAAGCUGGACAGUGGGAUAAAGCACAUGCGAUAGCUUCGAAGUACUUGGAACAAGAUGAAGUGUCCGAAAUGUAUAUUGCUAGGGCAGAAGAAUUGGAAGAUUCUGGUAAAUUUCGUGAAGCUGAGAAGCUAUAUUUAUCAGUUAAUUCCCCAGACUUAGCUAUAGCUAUGUAUAAAAGAGUAGAACAGUAUGACAAUAUGAUUCGCCUAGUAGAAAAGUACCAUCCAAAUCUUCUACAGACGACCCAUUUGCACCUAGGGCAACAGUUGGAAAGCCAGGGCAAACACAGAGCGGCGGAAAUUCAUUAUUUGGCAUGCGGAGAAUGGAAAACUGCUAUGAAUAUGUACAGAACAAUAAAUAUGUGGGAGGAAGCUUAUAGAGUUGCUAAGCAAAAUGGAGGAGCUACAGCAGCCAACCAAGUAGCUUUUCUAUGGUCAAGAACUUUACCUGUUGAUUCGGCUAUAAAGCUUUUGAAUAAAUAUGGGAUUUUGGAGCCUUGUAUUAAUUACGCAUGUGAAACUUAUCAAUUUGAGUUCGCUUUUCAGUUGUGUAAAGAACUUACCAGCAAAGUCUCAGAAGUUCACUACAAAUAUGCAAUGGCUCUAGAAGACGACGGUAAAUUUGCAGAAGCUGAAACCGAGUUUAUUUUAGCAGAUAAACCUAAAGAAGCAGUUUUAAUGUAUGUACACGCUCAAAAUUGGAUUGCUGCCCUACGAGUGGCUGAAUCGCAUGAUCCAAGUACUGUUCCAGAAGUAUUACAAGCUCAAGCAGCGCAAUGUUUCAAGGAAAAGCAAUUCAAUGAAUUUGAGGUGCUUUUAUUACGUGCCCAGCAGCCGCAAAUGAUUGUUCAGAAAUAUAAGAGUGCAGAAAUGUGGAUUGAUGCGCUUAGAGUCUGUAAAGACUACCUUCCUCAUCUGUAUCCUUCUCUGCAAUCAGAAUAUAGCACUUCCCAUCACAAUAAAACUACAGAUGUCAAUAUAGAAACUUUGUUAUCAAGAGCCAAUGAAUGGGCUUUAGCGGGUCAACACAAACAGGCUAUAGAGUGCCUUUUACAAGUCAACACAUCUAUAACUGAACCUUCUAUUGUUAAAAGAGCACUACUGCGUGCCGCCGAUAUGGUUAAUAAAUUUCUAUUUGGUCAAGAAGCUUUGGAUAUUAUUAAAGUCCUGUCACCAAGAUUAAUCGAUAUAAAUGAAUAUGCAGUAGCAGCUCAGCUCUAUAUAAGUAUGGAGCUAAUGAAGGAAGCUAUAGAUACUUUUAUAGUGGCAGAAGAUUGGACUAAAGCUAGGAAAGUUGCUAAGGAACUUGAGCCCGCAUAUGAGAGCUACGUAGAGAGUAAAUAUAAGGAUCGGUUAUUGAAGAAAGGAGAUGUUGAACAAUUAGCAGAUGUUGAUAUUAUUGGAGCCUUGGAUCUUCUAGCUGAACAAGGCCAAUGGAUUCGUUGCAUAGAAAAAGCUAAAUCACAUAAUGUAGCUCCAAUUCUACACAAAUAUGUGGCUCUAUAUGCCGCCAAACUAUUAAAAGACAAUUUUUUUGUGGAAGCCCUUAAUUUGUAUUCAACUCAUGGAGCUCCUGCCAUGCCUCAAAAUUUCAAUAUUUAUAACCACAUUGCUACAGAAAUGUUCGGUUUGCCAGAUUUUUCUGGACCGGAUUCUUAUGGAGUCUGGGAGCAGCUGAGGCAAAUGCUUUUGGAAGUUAAUGAAGGUUUCGAAACUGCCCUCAACAUAAACAUGGAAACUAAACUGCAUUUCAGGCAACUUUUAUUAAUUGCUCACUACUAUGCUCUAAGAUGUGCUUGUCGGCAAGUGAAUUCUUUAAAAUCUAUAGGAGUGAAGAUAAGUACAGCCCUGUUACGUUAUACUGACAUAAUUCCUGCUGAUAAGGCUUAUUAUGAAGCAGGUAAAGAUCUAAAAGAGGAACAUCGCAUAUCUGAAGCGUUUGUAUUUCUAAAUCACUACCUAGAUUUAUGUGAAGCCAUUGAAGAAGGCGAAGGCCAGCUAGUAGAUCACUCAGAUCUACUCCAAACAGACUUUCCAUCAAAUAUUCCAAUUCCUCCAAAACUGUACCUUGCCGACGAUCCCAAAGAACACGAUAAUGUGCGGGAAUGGGUAUUGGCCAUUAGUAUGGAUCAAAAAGUAGAGCAAACUUUGCCAUUGGAUGAGAGACAGCUUUACGAGAGUAGCUUGCAGCCGGGAGAACUGCCGUGUUUGGUAACAGGAUAUCCAAUCAAAAAACAAGCUGUUACUUUUGCCAAUUCAAAUUUUCAAGCUGCCAAAGAGGCGUGGGCUAAAUUGAAUAUGGGCUCGAAAUUGGCGCCAGACUCUAAUAUUCCAGCAGUGAUAAGUUUUGUUCACAAAUGGUGUGGGAAUUCAAGCAACUAAACUUUUUAGUAUUAUUUUUUUUUUUAGCAAUUUUAAGCAAUAACUGGAAAUAUAAUAGAAGAAUUACUUCAGCAACUUUUUUUUUUAUUUGGAAAAAUUGAACCACAAAUAAAACCAUACUAAACUAUGUAUUUUCAAUGAUUCUAAAAAAUAGUUAAAUUAUACACCGUGAUUUACGUAGCCCGUGCAUUACAAGUUGUCCAGUUUGCAGGUGGAUUAGUCGAAAUAGCAUCUUAUCCACCUGCAAGCUAAUGCAUGGGCUACGUAAAUCACCUCUGUAUGUUAUAGGUAAAAACUAUAUGACUGCAUAACUAAGUUUUUUUGUUGAAACAGCAAAUUUACACAGAACGCCAUAUAAAAGGUCUACGAUUGUGACUGACUCACCAAUAAAAUACUUGAGAAUGGGUAAAUUUGCUAUUUCCUAUUUAAACUAAACAUGAAAUUACUCUAAAAAAUAAAUAGAUAUAGGUAUAUUUUUCCAAACUAAGUCCAUCCAAAAUUUGAAAUUUUAACAAUAAUCAACAAUGUGGGGCCAGAGGCGACAAUAAUAAUAAUAUAGAUUCAUAUUAUCAAUUAAUUACACAAGACUUAAAAAAAUUUAAAUAAUUUUUUUACAGGAUUGUGCUAAAAUAGCUACUUUUUUUGCACACAUUUUGUUUUUGAAAGUUGCACUUUUAGAUUUAGGUGCAUAAAAGUAUUAUUUUUGUAAUUACAAUAUGCCCCAAAUUACAUAUUCAAUUUCAAAUAUUAUUACUGAAAUUGAACCUACUAAGAUAACAAUGCUUCUAGUAAGGUAAUGAUUUAUUUAUCCAAUUCAUUGAUAUUUGAAUGAUCGUAUUAUAUGUAUAAAAUAUUGUAUAUUACAUAGUGCACUAUAGCAUAUUAUUAAAAUCCUCUGUAGUUUUACGUCUCUGUGUCUUUAUUUUAUAUAAUGACAUAGCAAUAUUUUGCAGCUCUGAUGCUGUACUUGUACAGGGUGGGCCAAUUUGGAGACUUCCUUAUGGAAACACCCUUUAUUUUUAGAGAUAGAAAAAAAUUAAACCCCCACUCUGAGGCUCAAAUUUCAUGAAAUUUUGAUUGGUGCAAACCGCUUUUUGAUAUCUUCAACCGUUUAGCCGCUAGAGGGCGAUUCUCGAUUUUGAGCAAUAUUGUGGACCCUUCAUAACUUUUUUGUCUAUUAAAAUAAUUGAUUUCCGUAAAAACUUUCUGGAAGCACUUUUUAAAACAGAAUUCAGGGACGUUCUCAGUUUUUUUCUAUUUGGCGCCGAUUUUGAGAUAUUGACCAAAGUCUGAUUUUUUUCAAUGGGACACCCUUUAUAUUAAUAGCUCAUUCCAAAGCUAUGAUUUUUCUGAUUUUAAUGAUAUAAAGUUCGAUAAGGUUUAUCUCUAACCGUUUUCGAGAAAAAAAAUAAUUUCGGUUUUUCUCAUAAGAAGCAAUGUGUUAGAAAAGGACUUUAUUUAUAUCUGUAAGGAAAAUGAAAAAGGUCUCUUUCUAAUACAUUGUUUCUUAUGACAAAAACCAAAAUAUUUUUUUUUCUCGAAAACGGUUAGAGAUAAACCUAUCGAACUUUAUAUCAUUAAAAUCAGAAAAAUCAUAGCUUUGGAAUGAGCUAUUAAUAUAAAGGGUGUCCCACUGAAAAAAAUCAGACUUAGGUCAAUAUCUCAAAAUCGGCGCCAAAUAGAAAAAAACUGAGAACAUCCCUGAAUUCUGUUUUAAAAAGUGCUUCCAGAAAGUUUUUACGGAAAUCAAUUAUUUUCAUAAACAAAAAAGUUAUGAAGGAUUCACACUAUUGCUCAAAAUCGAGAAUCGCCCUCUAGCGGCUAAACAGUUGAAGAUAUCAAAAAGCGGUUUGCACCAUUCAAAAUUUCAUGAAAUUUGAGCCUCAGAGUGGGGGGUUAAUUUUUUUCUAUCUCUAAAAAUAAAGGGUGUUUCCAUAAGGAAGUGUCCAAAUUGGCCCACCCUGUACAAUUUACCCACCCUGUACAAUUUACUGAACUAAAAAUCACUGCCUGGGCUUGAAAUAUUUCAAAGAUGAAUUUUGUAUUGACUCAUUCCAGUAUACAGUCCAUUAGGAAAGAGUCACUUUUGAUAAUAAUUUAGAUCAUCCAGUACCAGGAGUUUGGUAAUUUUUGAUUCAGAAUAUGCUAUUGGGUACAUGCUAAUAACCUGCAUAUAAUAUAAAUUGGUAGAUGGUUGUUACCAAAGACAUAACAAGUAUGUAAUUACCAGAACAAAACAUAAAUUUCCACAUAGAAAAAUCACAAUGUGAAAUAUAUGUUAAAUAUUUAAAAAAAAAACACAGAAAUUAAUGCAAAAUUUUGAAUCAACAUAAUAAAUAUUAAAUUCUAAGCGUUCUAUUGCAUAAAAAGAUUUUCGGCUGAAGGCAAAGGUGCCAAACCAUGCGUUACAUCAGGAAGCUGGGUAAUAUCUGGCAACUUUUGCAAAUGGGCUUGUAACUCUUUCUUCACCCCAUAUAUUUUUGAUAAUUUUUCCUGGGAUUCCUGAAAGCAAUACUUGUUAACCUGAGCAAAAGAAUAUUUGGAUUUCGUACCUCUAUUGAAUUUUCUGCUUGAGCAAGUAGAUCUUCUUGCACUUGCAAAAAAUCCUUCAUCAUACCCGCCACCUUUUUCCUACAUACCAUUUCAGCAGCUAAUCUUGUAUUGUACUGAGUCAAUAAUGAGAUAACAUCAUCAAGUUGGACCGCCAACUUAUCAGCCACUUCCCUAUUCUGUAUGUUACUAAUAGUUGAAGCAUCAGAAAGUUCUUUAGGUAAGUUUGUUAUUGUUUCUCUCGUUUUUGCGUCAGAUGAUGCAAUGUUACUUUCUAACUCUUGGAUGGCUUUUAUUAGUUCGUCAGGCUCUGGUGGAUCCCCUGGGGGAGUGUGGGGACUUAGACGGACAUGAGUUUCCAAAGUUCCAUCAAUCUGAAAGUAACUUGCUUUUUCUUCUUUACCCUUUUCUCUUUAUUAGAUUUUUCAGAUUUGGAUUUGUGUUCAGUUUUGGCUUUUUUAGUAACUGGUUCAUCAUCGUCUAAAACUAAUUAGGUAUUAUUGUAUUUCUGUAAAACAUUUAUAGGAAAAAUAUAACUUACCAAUUGCUUUUUGAAACUCAUUAAUCAAAACAGGGCUAUAGAUUCCGCGUUCAAGCCAAAUCCUCAAUAAUCUACUAACACCAUUUUUAGUACUUUGAUCAGAACUGCUCAUAUGUUCAAAAACUUUUAUGAGGCUCGAGCCAAAUUCUUGGCUGUACUCUGGACCUUUCUUUCUACUAUUUUGUAUGACAUCGUUAGCAAGAAACAUGAAGGUUAAUUGCCGAUCUUUCUGG